AACCUAUUACCCUCUAUUGAAAGUUCCAUCCCAAAUAGAAAAGAAAAAAAAAACUUUUGUUUUAACACCCCAAAAUCCCCAAUGAAAAUAAAAGCCCUUAAAAAAGUUUAGAAGCAAAACAAGAAGGGCAAAGGCAAAGUUUAGGGGUCAAGAAGAGUCUUUGAAAUUGAAACCCCACCCUAAAUACGCACAAGUUUUCUGGUAAUGACUGGUUUUUUUAGGGUUUUGAACUUGGAAAAUAAAAUUAAUGGCAGGGUGGUCGAUGAUUACUGCUGGUGAUAACUCAACUGAGUCUUAUGAUGAUAAUGAUGAUAUUCGGUGUCGUUUUGAUAAUGCUUUGAAAAUAUUCCGACAAGAAAUCUUUGCCCUAGAUGUUGAUUUUCCUCCAAUGCUUGGAAAUGGACAGCCUGUGGAUUUGUUUAAACUUUAUUUGGUUGUGAAAGAGAAAGGCGGAUAUGAUACCGUUUCUAAGAAUGGGUUGUGGGGCGUUGUGGCGGAUGAGUCCGGGUUUGGUGUAAAUCUGGCAUCUUCUGUUAAAUUGGUGUAUGUUAAGUAUUUGGAUGCUUUAGAGAAGAGGUUAGAGAGAGCUGUCGAGGAUAAGAAUUCGAGUACUAAAUCUAGUGGUAGUGCUUCUAACCUCGUAGAGCUUGAGGUUUCUGGGUCGGAGUUAAAGGGGUUUUCGAAUUGGAAAUCUGUGUUAAAUGUUUGUGCUGAGUUGGGUUCAGGUGAGAAAUGUAUUGCUGCUGAUGAAGAAUCUUCUGUUCAUGUAGGUAGUAAAAGAAGGAGCAUUGUCGAUUGUGUGGAAGUUGGGAAUUCUGGCAGUGAUAUGGCUAAGAGUUCUGUUGUUGAUUCUUUCUUUAAUGAUGAUAACAAAAGUAAAGAUGUUCGGGAAAAUCUAGAAUCAAAUUCAGCGAAUAUGAAAGCCUCUGAGGAGGAUGAAGUGAAGAGUGAUAUAGUAGAUUUGGAUGGCAGUGAGAAGCGUGAUAAUGGUAAUGAACAUGAUGUCGUGAUGGUAGAUUCAGUUACUAUUGAUGCAUCUAAUUCUAGCCGUAAAAGGAAAAGGGAGUCCUUGAGCAAAAUGGUGAAAUGGAUUACAGGGAUUGCGAGGAAUCCUUGUGAUGAUGUGGUUGCUUCAUUACCCGAAUUGUCAAAGUGGGAAUCUUAUGGGAAGGAGGAGUUAUGGAAGCAGGUUUUAUUGGUUCGCGAGUCAUUGUUUCGGAAAGGAAACGCUGAUAUAGGUGCUGAACAAUCUAGUGGACAGAAAAAUCGGAAGAUGCACCCAUGCAUGUAUGAUGAUCAUGUCGGAUCCAUAUAUAAUUUCAGAGAGAGGUUAAAGUGCAGCAGGAAGCUGUUAUCUGAGGAAAAAAUUUCUCCUGCACAGGCUCGUCCACAGUUAUCUUCCUCAGCCAAUGAAUCUAACAUAGACUCCAAUGUUGAUUGUUCGACUAAAGGUUCAGUGCUUGACCGUCCAGCUGACAACCCGGUUCCUCUGGGUCCAGAUUUUCAGGCUGAAGUGCCAGAAUGGACAGGUGUGACUUGUGAAAGUGAUUCAAAGUGGGUAGGCGAACGGAUUUGGCCAUUGCAAGUAGUAAAUAACAGGUUUGUUGUUGAAAGGGAACCUAUUGGUAAGGGAAGGCAAGAUUCAUGUGGAUGUGAAGCGCCCAAAUCUAUAAAAUGUGUGAGAUUUCAUAUCAGUGAGAGAAGGAUGAGAGUAAGGCGUGAGUUGGGGUUAGCUUUCUACCAUUGGAAUUUUGACAGGAUGGGCGAAGAUGUUAAUCUUUCAUGGAAAACGGAAGAAGAGAAAAAGUUUGAAGCAAUAGUGCAGUCAAAUCCUCCAUCUCUUGAGAAAGACUUUUGGAAGGAGAUUGUCAAAUAUUUUUCUAAAAAGAGAAGUGUGGAUCUGGUGAGCUACUACUUUAAUGUAUUCGUUUUGAAGCGCAGAGCACACCAGAAUAGGCAUAGUCCAAACAACAUUCAUAGUGACGAUGAUGACGACGACGAUGGCGGUGAAUCAGAAAGUGGAGUAGCACGUAAUAGUUCUGGGCGAGAAGCUCCAAAGUCACCGGGUUCACUAUUAAAUUCUGCAAAGAAGUCUCGUAAAGUUGGUAGAUGAUCUCUCUGGUUCUCAGAGAAAGUGAAUUGCCUCGGUGAUAAAAAUUUAUGGUUGUUUUUGUCCUCAUUCAAUUAUGAUCUUUGGGUAAUGAUUUUUUGGUGCCUCUGAAAAGCAGAAGUUUUGUGAUGGGAAGUUUUGCAGUUAUUGAUAGAUGCCCAGAUAGCAGAUAUUGUGGUGGGAGCAGUAAGCUGCAAGCAGCUAUAUAGCUCUUGACAUGAGUUUUGGUUAAUUUGCUUUCAGUUUUGGAGAUCGAUGCUUCUUGUUCAUUUCAUCAACGUCAGGUCACAUUCAGGUAAAUUGCACUAGAAAGUUUGUGUUAUUUGGGUCUUUUUUUUACGACACGGCGGAAAUGAACUGAAAGCCUUAGGAAUAGAGUGAAGAAUCAUUAGAUUAAUAUGAAUAUAAGAAAAGUAGCAUUCUAUGAUUCAAUUUGCAGACUCUCAUGGUUAGGGUGAAUUCAUACAUUUUAGGGGAUGAUGGCGCUUAACUGUGGAAUGGGAAUGAUUCUCAUAUAGCAUUUAUAUCUUUGUUUUGUGCUGUUCAA